GUCAUUUACAGAUAUUUGAUAUGUUCAUUGUUGAGAAGUGGCCAAUAGUGCAGGCUUUUGCACUGGAAGGAAUUGGGGGCGAUGGCUUCUUUACAAUGAAAUACGAAUUGAUGGAUGUCAGUGUUGAUUUGUGGAAGACGUACAGCAAAAUGGAUCCUGUUUCCCUGGAGGACUUGAUCUUUGAGGAUUUAAUCAUUUUUGAACACCAGUGGACCAGCUUUUUUGCGAAUUUUGAUACUGAAAUUCCCUUCAUUCUGGAGCUAUCGGAAUCUCAGGCGGGGGAGCCGUUCAGAAGUUAUUUCAGUCACGGAAUGAUCUCAAGCCAUAUAACAGAUAACAGCCCUAGCCGGCAGCCCUUUGUUCUGUUUGGUAGCCACUCAACUAAGGAAAAUUUGAACUCUGGUAACUUUAAUUUUCCGUCAGAAGGACAUCUUGUUCGAAACACUGGCCUUGGUGGAAGCACUGCUAAGCAUAUGGUAAGGCUUUUAUGUAGUUAUCUGGUACUUCGAAGCAGUGUAUAUUUUCCUUUUCUUUGUAUAUUUUUUUAUGCCCUUAAAAUGCUUACUUUCCGUGAGUUAAGUACCCAAUUCUUCUUAACAUAUAAAAACACGUUACCAUAA